AUGGUCCAAAACGCAUCGCUCGUCUACGCAAGGCCGCCUACAGGCGCUCCCGUCCCUGGAGAGACCCUCAUUCGCCGUGUAGACGAGAUCGACAUCGACAACGUCCCUCUCGAAGGUGGCAUCCUCGUCCAGAACAAGGCCCUCUCGCUGGACCCGUACAUGCGCGGCAGGAUGCGCGACCCGAAACUCAAGUCUUACAACGAGCCCUUCGAGCUGAACAAGCCCUUGACAACCCUCGCGAUCGGCGUCGUCCUCCGUUCCGACGAACCCUCUAUCGAGCCCGGUCAGAUCUACAAAGGCCGCUUCGACGCCUCCGAAUACGCCCUCAUCCCCGGAAAGAUGGUCAAGCUUCUUGGGAGGGUGGUGGAGAACAAGGAGGGGCUGCCGUGGACUACGUUGUUGGGCGCGUGUGGGAUGCCGGGUGCGACGGCUUGGGUUGGGUUGUACGAUAUCGGCAAGCCAAAGAAAGGGGAGACCAUCUUUGUAUCGGCCGCCUCAGGCGCAGUAGGCCAAAUUGUUGGCCAACUCGCCAAACGCGACGGGUUGUUCGUGGUUGGCUCGGCAGGCUCGGACGAGAAGGUCGCGUUUCUGAAGGAAAUCGGGUUCGACAUCGCUUUCAACUACAAGACCGACUCGACGCAACAGAUCCUCCAGCAACACCCGCCCGACAUCUACUGGGACAACGUCGGCGGCGAGACGCUCGACACGGUUCUCGCGACUAUCAACCCCAAAGGACGCAUCAUCGCUUGCGGCUCGAUCUCGCAGUAUAACAAGCCGCGCGACCAACACUACGGAAUGAAGCAGACGUUCCAGGUCGUGACCAAGAGCUUGAAGUGGGAGGGCUUCAUCGUUUCGAACCACGACACGACCGAGUUCGACCGCGUCAUGCCGGGCCUCGUCAAGUCAGGGGAGAUCAAGAUCAAAGAGCACAUCACGAAGGGGAUCGACCAAGGCGAGGCGUUCGUCGACAUGCUCGAGGGCCGGAAUUUCGGCAAGGCUGUGAUUUCGCUCUCGGACGACUGA